GCGUGGCCAGGGCUCUUCUCUUAGAGGCUGCCAGCCAUUAUACCUCUGGCCGUUCGUGAUAGGUCAGCACAGGCUGUUCGCUCCCCAGUAGGCCUGUUCACCCCAUUAGAGCGGUUUAAACGCUAAUGAUGAAAGAUGACAAAAGUAGGGAUGGGCUGAUGAAAAAGCGGUAAAGCUUGCGAUUGUUCGUACGUUACACGGGAUAAAGCUGCCCUGGAGACCACGCUAUAAGACUUGGAGGUUUCAUUAUAGGUACGAAUAAGUGGGUGUAAUGUUAUUUAUGGGCUCAGUGCCCUACAUAAGUUUUUCCCCCAAACGGUGGACCUUCGAGUAUAUAUUCAGUGGGUAAGUCUUCUCUCAGGGCUUGGAAUCGCGCACCCUGUAACAAAACUAAGUCCUUAGUUUAGACUUAAAAUGCCGUCUGGAAUAGGGCAACUAAAGGGACCAGUUCUAUGAGUAUUAGAAGAACGCCCCACAGUUUCCAACAUGUUGCUUGGGGACUGUUGCGAGUUGUGGGACUUUUUUGUCUAAACAUACAUAGGAUUGCGUCCUGAGAGAUAGAAACAGGAAAUGGCAAUCCCAAAAGGGUUUAGGAGACACAGGAAGUGAGCUUCUUAUAGAAAUAAUUGUAUGUGUUGUGUUCUCCUUCCUUAUUCUGAGCUCUGCCUUUUGAUUAAUCUCGAAUUAAUCAGAACAUGUGAACUCCAGUUCUGCCAGUAGGUGGCUCAUCAUAAGGACUCAGGACAUAAUCUCUGAAGUCUCUCAAAGAUAGCCAUACCAUUCAGCCACUCCUGGUUCAUGUGGUUCCUUAAGAGCCUUGAGAGAUGCUAGUGUUAAAGUUUCUUGGAAAGGCAGCUUGUUUAGUAUCUUACCUCAUGGGUACAACUGUACUAACUUAUGGUUGCAAUGACCAAGCGAAGUGUCCAUGAGAACAUGCUUUUCCUAAGUUUCCUCUGUAGUCCACAGACACUAAAUAAGACUGUCUUUGGAAGUUAAUAAUGUAUGUGCUGGGAUUUUAAGUGGGCUUAUGUAAUUUAUUACUUGCCUAUUCUACCUAAUAGACAAAGAACUCUGAGGGGGUCAUAAAUAUUAAAAUUAAAAAAACAUAGCAAAACAUAACACAAAGCUGUUUACAUACAAAGCAAUUGAAAACAAUCAUCACUAUCACUCCCCAAACCCACUAAAAUUAUUUGCUGUGAAAUGCCUGGGCAUAGAGGCAGGUCUUAACCUGGUGCUGGAAAGUUGACAUUGUUGGCACCAGGCAAACCUCUGUUGGGUGGUGUUCAUAAUCAUGAGCCGCCACUAAGGUUUUCUCCUUUGCUGCCAGCUUCCAAACCUCUCUUGUAGGAGGUUCUUGGAGCAGAGCCCCAGAUUAUUAUGGCAGUGUAUGGGUAGUUUCGUAUCAGGUAAAGAGCUUCAAAGGAUUCAUGGGCCCCUUUGUUUUCAGGCUGGAAUUUCUGACAUGAUGGAUCUUGGUGCAAUCAAAAUACUAAUGCUUAGAUAGCAAGUUACUAUUCAAGCCUAUACUAUAGGCCUUUUAAUCUCUUACUCAUGUAAAUGCAUCAGUUGUAGCAUGCUUCUGCUUAAUUAAGAUUUUAUAAUUUCAGGAACAAUCUUAGCAAUUUAUUUUUCUAUUCUGAAUUGGUGUCUAGAGCCAGCAUGCAUUGAAUUCAGCCAUCCUCUGAGAUGUGAAGCUUCUAGAGUUCUUUAAGUGGCCCUAUAUCUGACAGACUUGAGACUUAUUUUUUUCCUAGGAACAUCUGAUUCAGUAGCCAACCUUAGAUGUGUCAGUCUGUGUGCACUCAAGGUUGCACUGCUGGGUCAAAAUACUGAGGCACUGGCACUGCGAUGAUGGUCUACUUGCACCUUUCUAAGGCUGUUUGCUGGUCGCUGUUCUGAUUCCUCUUGUCUGGUUAAUUUCUUCUCAAUGUGCUGACACGCUUCACACAUUGGAUUUAUACUGCAUCAGGACUAGGUUGAGCACUACAGAUUCUGAAGGGAUGGAUUCCAAAAGGGAGGCCCUUGGCCAAGGAUAAAUGGCCUCUAGAACCAUUAUUUGAACUCAGCCUAGAAUGUAUGUUACUGCUGGAGAGUCAAACAAUCAAAGAUACAUCCAGAGGUUUACUUGGAAUUUUGGCCUUUCCUGCCUCCAAAUACCAUGAGUCCCACUGAUACAAAGCGUUGUGGUGCCAAGCGCAGAAAGAACAAAAGGGGUAGUGGCCUUGGCCCAUCAAGUCUAGCUGGUGCCCUGGAGGUCAAGUCUGUUGGUCCUGCUUCCUCAGCCACUACCCCUUCUUCCUCAUCCCCAUCUACUUCCUCUGUGGCAUUCGCCUUGCAGACUGCUGCCACUGUAUCUUUUCCUAGCACUAGAAAUGAUUUUCUGGCAGCAAGUGCUACAUCUACCCCCCUGAUUUCCAAUGAAAGAAUGGGAAAGACUGGGAUUCAAAAAAAGCGUUGUGGAGGAACAAUUAAUUAUAGACAAACUCGUAAGCAAAGUAGAAUGGCCACUUCAGCUACUGAAGCAGUUUCACAAAUAGAGCCAAUCGACCUUGAAGAAAAUGCUUGUGAAGAGGUAGUAGACCUCACUUCUGAAUCUUCAGAACCAAUAGUGGUAGAUCUGACACAUAAUGAUUCUGUUGUUGUUGUUGAAGAAAAUGUUUGCCAGCAACGAAGACAAGAAUUAAGAAGCCAGCAACUCCCUGAGAGCUGUGUAUUAAGUAGUGAUGAUGAUGAACCAAGAGAUAAUGAUGUCGUGUUAACUAGCACAUUGUCCAGAGAAUUGGAAUUACUGGAAGAUGGUGGUUCAAGUUCACGGCGUUCAGGUACUGUGAGUUGCCCAAUUUGCAUGGAUGGAUAUUCAGAAAUUGUGCAGAGUGGACGGCUCAUUGUAUCAACCAAGUGUGGUCAUGUCUUCUGUAGUCAGUGCCUCCGUGAUGCUCUAAGAAAUGCUAAUUCUUGUCCGACUUGUAGGAAGAAACUGGGUUAUAAACAGUAUCAUCCAAUUUAUAUAUGAAACUUUAGAUUCUUCUCCCAGGAAUCUAAAUUGAACAUUCAUGGAUGCUUCAUAAAAAUUUUAUGCUUCUGCAAACAAAGGGUUAUAGAUCACAUGUGCACAAAUGUGAUGCUUCGUUCGGCCUUUUUAUUCAUCCAUCCUACAUGUGAGCUUGUACAUUUUUGUCUUCUUACUUGUAUUAGCAAGUCAGCUUUACAGUUCAUCAGGGCUACAGAUAUUUGAAGGUCAGUAUGCUGUAGGGAAAGCAGCUGUUGCUGCCAUGCUGCUUUUGAAGAAUUUGAAACUGGACCGUCACAAAAUAUUUUGUGCAAGAAAUAGCAUGAAUGUGUUUUCUUCAAGACCUCACGGUCAUCAUGCUUUUGAUGAUGCAAGUAAAAAUGACAAACUGGAAACCCUACAGCUUUUUUCAGUGAGGGACUUCACACUGUUUGAAUCAGUCAUUUCUUAUUCCAUGGCAAGCUUCCCUUUACAAACACCUGAAUUCCCAAGGGGACUAGACUUUAUAACCACACUGCAACACAAUUUAACAUCAAAUGUGUAAAUGUUUUGUUUGAAGGCAUUUUUUUUUAAUCAAUGCAAAAGAGCAAGACUAUAUAAGGAAUAUUUGACUUUCUAGAGGCAUAGUUACAAACAAAUUUUCUGUGUGCAUAUCUGCUUGUAAAAGAAUAAAUUGAAAACUUCCCACCCCUUCUACCUUCUUUGGAGAGGAGGCGAUUGAGCUAUAGUAUAACAAGCUUAUUUUGGUCUUGUCAGAUAUUCAUGAUAUAACGCUAAAUGGCUUAAUGUUAAACCCUUUCUUUAAUGAUGUACUGUUUACCUGAUAUCUUUAACAAGCUUAUAUUGCUAAUAUUUAAAUGAUAGGCUUGAUCUUAAGCAUAUGUAACCAGUCUUCGGUUGAUAAAUUGGUUUUAAUAAUUUGGGAGAGUUAUCCUGAAAGGCUGAAUUUCCAGUCUUGUACUAUUUUCUUUAGUAUAUACUCAUGCACUUCAAUUGAGUAGGUUGCUUUAAAUGCUUAUUUCAUCAUUUGCACUUUUUCCCCAAAUAGAUGUAGUUUGAAAAUAGUAAAAAAAAAAGCCCUUAAAGGCAUCAUUAGUGUGCUGACCAUUCAACAGCAAUCAGACAGUAUAGUAUAUUUGGGCUGCUGUCUCUGUGUAAAUAGCCUACAAAGCCAUUUGAUUUAAGGGAUGUCUACAUAUUUAGCAUAAUGCAGUUUGGAGUAUGUCUGCAGAGCCAUUUUUUCAACAUCAAGAAGCUUUUGUCUGUAGUGUAGCACUACAGUAGUUGCACUGGCAGGUAGAAAUGAGCUAUACUGGUUGUAUAGACAACAUGGAUUCUGCAAAGUCCUUUCAGAAGAAUAAGCUGGAAUCUUGCCUACACUAGUAUGCAGCAAUUUAUCAAUACAUAUCCUAUAACUGUGAAGGUUAAUGCCUUUUUAUAUGUCAGAUAUUCAAAAUAUAAUAGUACAAGAUCAAAAGGAAAAGGUACAAUACAGAGCACAAUCUGUCACUGCAGUACAUAGUGCUAAACUGAAGACUUUAAAUAUGUGCACAUUAUUAGAGCUAUAGAGAACAUUUUAGAUAUGUUUAAAGUUUUAAGAUAGAAAAUGUUAUGAUAAAAUCGUUAGAAUGCUUAAUGUGAACAAAACUGCAUGGAUCUAGGAGAUGCCACUCAUCUCCCUGAUACAUAAAACUACUGAAAAGUUUAAUUUUUUUUUACAUCUUCAAAAAUUCUUUUGGCUUUGUCAGAGAAGCUCACCCAUGAGGAAUCCAAUAUAGCUGGUGACUGCAAUUUAAUCACCAAACAACAUUAUUGACUCUCCCAAUGCAGUUGUAUAACUUAAAUGCAGCAGCUGGUGCUUAUAGAUAAGCAGCUCCCAUACUGCUGAAAGGAUUUUGAAAGCCCUCAUAGUUGUAUAAUGAUGGGUUAGAAAUAUUUCAUGUAUUUUUAUCACCUUUGCAAGACUUCUUUUGCACAUUGUGGAUACUUAGGUUCUUAAGAAUUUUGAAACUUCAGUCAUUUGAAUAUUUUGAUAAUUUUUUGCCUAACUGGGAUGGGUUUUUUCAGUUGCCAUUUAAAAAUUAUCAAUUCAAACAUAAUUCAAUGAAGCAAGUCUAAAUAAAGCUGAAAUCCUAUGGACUAUUACUGGGAACAAGUUCCUUUGAAAUGCAUGCAGGUUCCUGCACUGGGUCAGAAUAUAUCACAGGGUUCAUAAAUGAUUUGUAAAUUAAUCAUUGUUAGGAAAAGGUUGUACUGUUUCAUUCAUGGCACUAUAUUAUAAUUUUUUCAUUGAAUGUGAAAUACUUAGCAAAAAUUGUGCCAACUUUUGAGAGUUCUAAGUAACAACAGUAUAUUUUGUAUCACUAACUUUGGAAUGGCAUUCGCUGGCUUUAUUUAAACACAAUGUUAAACUAUGGUUAAGCAUUGCUUGAGUAAUGCCCCCCCCCCCCCCAAUCUUCAUGUUUGGUUCUGUUGUUAGGAAUAGAACAGAAUCUUUUAUUUCUGUGUUUAAUUUCAUGCAGUACAGUAGGAUGUUCAGGCAUACUUGAACAACUGUGUUUGGUUUCAGCUAUGGCUUACUAAAGUACACCAUUCUCAAACCGUGAUUUAUCAAGUAUGCUCACAUCAAUGAACUGUACUUAAGAUUAACCAACAUUUUUGUGUUUGGACAUAAAGCUAAACUCCAGAUAAUUGAAAUUGGAGUGAAAGCCUCCAGUCUCCUCACCUAUGAUAUGUAGGAGAACAUACUAGCCCCAAAGUGCAUACAUGUAAUACUUAAUUCACAGUUGAACAUUAGGUCCCAAACAGGCCAUAAUCUUCAUCUUCAAAAUAAAAUCUAAAAGCCAUAUUAAAUUUGGUUUUGGUAGACGUGAUACUGAUCUAAGAAGAUGCAUAGUUUUAAGGACUAAUGGUCAGAUCAGUUUUGCCUAUUUCCAUUUGUAAAUGUGUAGAGUUCAUGCUGUUUACUUAUUUAAAUGUUUCAUUUGUGUAUAAAAGGUUUGCUUUGACAAUUAGUUAAAUAAAUUUUACUGCACAUGAAAAUAA